AUGACCGACGUUCAAAUUGAGAGGGGCCACAGUUUGCCUCUCUCAAAACUCGACACUGUACCUGAGAGCUCCCUGGUAGCUGAACUGGGGCCAAGAACAGCCAAGGCCAUCCAGGAUCCCAACGAUGAGGCAAAAGUGGCAAUAACUCCUGGAGCUUGCAAAGAGACACACUCGACGAUUGCCACUAUUCCGAGGGCCACUCCGUUCCCACUGGAGAACGAGAAAGGCCUAUUCGAGUUCAAGAUGGACGUUGCCGCGACGAAACUGGCUCGGUUCAGAGAAAUCGUCCCGGAAAUCGAGCGGCUCCUUCUUAACUACCUCCAGUCUGCAAAACACUUCUUUGGGAGUUCUGUUCCUAUCAAAGCUAUAGCAAUCCGAUACUUGGUUAUUGGGAAGGACGCCUCCGAUGCCAGGGACUGCCUUGUCGUUUUCUGUUCCACAGCACAGUACAAACGUAUCAAGCGUUUUUUCGAUAAUCACAAAGGCGCCAAAGCCUUGUGCGAGCCGCCCGAUUUGUCGGCUCCAUUAUUCAGAGUCAUCAUCAGUCCCCGACCUCUCAAUUUGACAGUUGGAGAGGAGCACAAUCUGCCUCAACACAACUUAGCGGCGUCUUCAGACUCGGUGGAUAAAAUCUCCGACUCUGAACCCAAUCGAGACAGGAUCGUUAGCCCUUCGGCCAUCGAAGUAUAUUGCUCUCUAGAUCAGCUAUCUCAAGAGACAUUAUGCGGGACUCCCAUCCGAUUUGUCAACGGAUUGGGAGAGUCUCUACAUGGAACCUUCGGCGGUAUUAUAAAAGUGGUCCAGAGUGACGGAGAUUUCCAGUUAUAUGGACUGACAGCGAGCCAUGGCCUUGUCGACUGGCAACCUUCUUCUGUGCCGCCUAACUCGGAUCUUGCCAUUGAAGUCCUGGAUCUUGAUGAAGAAACCCGCUGGCUUAUCCAACUAGAACAGUCCGAUGGAAUGGGCGAUGGAAUGGGAGAUGAAAUAUGUUCCGAGGGCGAAGACAAUGAGCCUGAAUAUCAGCGCUCCCUGAGUGGCGUCGAUGUUGACCGGGCAUCGAAUUCCGCGUGGUCAUUCGUCGAGUCACAAAAGCUCGGUAACAUUCUCCACAUGCUUAAAGACUACACUGAUUGGAAGGAUCAAUAUCUUGACUGGGCUUUGUUUACAUUGGAUCCUACUUUCUAUCGGCCAAACCUGUUCUUCUCGGAAACUCAAGCCCGGAAAUUCCAAUUGACGGCUGUCUCCGGGAAAUCUCUGCCAAAAACAGGAUACCGCCCCGUCGUCAUCAUGGGACAGCCCUCUCAAGACUGCAAGUCCGGCAGUCUUUCAACCAUGCCCACGAGGGUUUUACUAGCCCCAGGAAAGGGAUUCGUUGAUGUCUAUACUUUGAGUUUAGACACUGGCUCUGUAUCAAGCGGAGACUCUGGUUCGUGGGUAAUCGACCCGGUCAGAGGAAAGAUAUACGGGCACAUCAUUGCCACUGAUAUGCUGGGCGAGGUGUACGUGAUUCCUCUUGAAAGCAUCUUCGAGGACAUACGACGAUACUACCAGGCAAAUUCUGUCCAAAUAUCCUCUCUCUCUGACUUUGUAACCAAACGCAAAUCCCUUGGUAAUCAAGCCGAACAUAUGGCAGAGCGUUCUGAUCUUACGUCUUCUCGCGUCAGUGGCCCCGAGGGUGUUCCUGAGUCUAGCCGUGAAGGUCAGGCAACUAAGCCAUCAUCGCCAAUGCCGCAACCAGUGGUCCACCCGUCUAGCUCAAACACAAGUCGCGAACGCAGUGCACGUACCCCGGCCGACUUGGGUCUUGGUACAUUAGAGGAGACGCAGGAGCUUACGAGCGGAAGAGGGAGCCGACGGGGAAGGAACAUUUACCCCAGUGAUGAUGCCAGCCCUCAGCGUGGUGCCAUCCGACAGAAAGAAUAUUUCGUGCCUCGAGAUGGCAUCGACCGCGAAGUCAUUUCUGCUGACAUCACUCUCUACCUAGGCGACGAUGCACUAGUUCGUCCUGGUCACUAUGAGCACCCGCAAACCGGCCAAGUCGCCCUAGGUUACUAUAUCACCGCAUACAAAAAUCUGUCAACAACCAUGAUCGAAGAUCUCAAGGCAGACUCCGCAAGAUGGGAUAGCGAGAGACGAGCGCAGACUUCGCGCAAUACCACUGGAGUACAAUACCGCUACUCCGAGACGCACCAAUUUCGUGAACACCACGGCCCUACCGAAGCUUCCUACCAGCAGGAUCCCUAUGCCGGUGACUCCGGCUUUGACGGCCCCAGAUAUCCAGGCACAGGCGCUCCCGGAUACACUGGUACCGCUGGCUCAGCAUACCCGCAACAGGCCCAUGCCACCGCAAGUGGUGCGUAUGGUAGCUUCCUACAGCCCGGCCGAAACGCCAACAGUUCAAUACGACCAGGAUAUCCAGCCACCACUUCUCCCUUUCAUCCUGCCUUCCAGUAA